UGCAUGCACUAAGUGAAAAUAAUCGGACGGGAAGGAAUCAUGGCGCGUUCUACUUCUCCUUCUCCUUGCUUGCUAUGCAGAGUUGCGAUCCUUGCUCUCAUAUGCUGCUCCUUGUCAUGCUUGGCUGCGUCUGGAGAUGCUCUUGAUGGAUACCGUAGGCCAAGGCGUCCUCCCGCGCCGAAGCCCCUGCAACCUCACACUCCUGCUACUCCAACUCCAGCUCCAGUUCCAUCUCGGCCACCGCUGACGCCGGUGCCUGGGAGGCCGGUGACUCCAGCUCCCACACCAUGUCCUGUGGUCCUUGUUCCUCCGCCGCCACCGCCACCGCCCCUGCCCAAAUACCCGGUGACUCCAACUCCAGUAGUGAUUCCUUCGAUCCCUAUUUGUCCGCCACCACCACCGCCGCCGGUGCAGGAGACGCCGGCACUUGCGCCGCACCGCAAGACUCUAGAGCACGCUACUAAGAACGUGCUUAAUUAAGCAUGGAAGUACGAAACACUGUCACUCUGUAAAAGGAAUAAGAGAGAAUUUAUGUAAUGGAUGUUGUAUUGCAUGAGUCUCAUGGGUAUAUAUAUAAGAGUACAUGAACUUCUUGUAGUUCAAGACAAGCUAGAAGGAAUAAGAGAAAAUUGGUGUAAUAAAUGUUGUAUUUCUUGAGCCUCAUAGGAGUAUAUAUAUAUAGGAGUACAUGAACUUCUUGUACUACAAGACAAGCUAGAGCAAAUCCUCG